AUGGAGAUGGCCCUGCAGCCCCAGACUGAGCAAGAGGACAGGCUGUCCCCAGCCAGAGGACGAGUGCUUCUCCCUGCAGCCAGCCCGUCUGCCCCAUCCGUGUCCGGCCCCGCCAGCAGGGUCGAGCCGGGCAGCCCCGUGAACUUCACUUGCACGUCCAAAGGGCUCUCCCCCGGAGACAUCACCGUGACCUGGCUCAAGGACGGGGCCAAGCUCCCAGCCCAACCGCUCCAGAUCCUCCUCGAGAAUGAGAGAGACUCCUACUGCGUGUCCAGCACCCUGGCGAGGACGCUGACGGUCGGGGACAUCCGCUCCCAGCUCACCUGCCAGAUCGAGCACAGCACCAUGUCGGCUCCGCUGCGGGGGACGUACAGCCUCAGCCAGGCCCUGCGAGUCUCCCCCAGGCCCAGGCUGGCCGCCAACUACUCUGGUGCCGUCCCCGUGAACGAGAUGGUGGCGUUCACCUGCAGCCUGGUGGGGUUUUACCCCAAUGUGGCGAGGCUCACCUGGAUGGAGAAUGGGAAUGAGACCGGGCCAGAGAAGUCCCCAUCCCCGACGGAGAACCCGAACGGGACCUUCUCGCUGACGAGGACCCUGGAGGUGAGGGCAACCGAGCAGAGGAACCAGUCCUCGUUCACCUGCCGGGCCGUGCACGACUCCCAGCCCCCCGCCAGCGUCACCCGCGUCCUGGCAGUCACCGCGACGAGCAACAAGAUGGAGGAGGAGCCGCAGGCAGGCCAGUGUCUGCUGUCCAGCCCUGGGCUCUGGGUUGGGUACGUCCUGGAGAAGGGCCUCAUCGGAGUUUUCCUCUUCUUCCUCUUCGUGCGCAGGGAGGAGCCGUGAGGUACCGGGGCUUGCCCGUGGCCUGCCCUGGGCAGCACUGCCAGAGAGGGGGGCUGAGCG